GUGUGUGUGUGUGUGUGUGUGUGAAUGUUGAUGUUUCAUCCAGCUCCACCCAAUGAGAGAUAACAGCACACACACACUGGGGACAGUGCAAAGGCUACCAACCAUUUUCCAGCAGCUCCACAAAGCCUGAAACUCAGGACAGCAGGAUGAUUAACAGUGGACAGUUACAGUGGACAACUACUGAGGACAGUUCAGUGGACAGUUACUGAGGACGGUUACAGUGGACAGUUACUGAGGACAGUUCAGUGGACAGUUACUGAGGACGGUUCCAGUGGACAGUUACUGAGGACGGUUCCAGUGGACAGUUACUGAGGACGGUUCAGUGGACAGUUACUGAGGACGGUUCCAGUGGACAACUACUGAGGACAGUUCAGUGGACAGUUACUGAGGACGGUUCCAGUGGACAGUUACUGAGGACGGUUCCAGUGGACAGUUACUGAGGACGGUUCAGUGGACAGUUACUGAGGACGGUUACAGUGGACAGUUACUGGGGACGGUUACUGGGGACAGUUCAGUGGACAGUUACUGGGGAUGGUUACUGGAAUAGUUUCAGAGGAAUUUACUGUGGUAAUUGUCCCCUGGAUGGUUCCUGUACACAGAUACUGAUGGCGCUGUGGUCAAUCGUCCGUCAGUUCCCAAAGUCUCCCAAAGCGCUGCUGACUGUGGGCAGCCUUUUGACUGCUUACAUCAUGAUGAUUCCCCUUUUCAGCGAACUGCAUCCGGCCAAUCAGACGCAGGAGUUUUACCACAAAGUGCGCUGUUCCCGCCUCCAGGCCAAGAUCUCCAACAUGAGCACCACGAAAAAGAUGGACAUGCAGGCGUUUUGUGUUGCUUUAGAUGAUCUCUUCACCUGUUCUGUCAAACCCAACAUCACUCUCAGGGAAACAUAUAGAGUGCAGUUGCGUUCCUGCUGUAAUGCGUCCGGUUCUCUGUUCCUGACCCAGAAGAACUCUGAGGUUAACCAGAACGUUCCGUAUGAAACCAGGCCAAACGUCAAAUACAAACUCAGACCUAACGUGUACAGCAAGCUGCCUCAGGACAUGCCCUGGAGGGGGCGCUCUCUGGACCGCUGUGCUGUGGUGGGCAGUAGUGGGAUUCUACUCAACAGUAGCUGUGGAAGAGAAAUCAACAGUGCAGACUUCGUCAUCAGAUUUAACAUGGCUCCAGUCAAUAGCAGCGAUGUGGGUGUGAAAUGUGAUCUGAUGAACAUCAACCCGAGUCAGAUCAACAGAGAGUUUUCUGACUUCAUGCGUAACGACAGCCGUUUAAGACGGAAGCUGGAUGGAUACACUAACACGACCUUCAUGAUCGCCGCCUUCGCCUACACAUUCUGCACUAAACAGUCCGUUAACCUGCUGCAGGCGAUGUGGCCUGAGCGCCACCUGCUGUUCUUAAGCCCCACCUACCUGCGCACACUGGACCAAUUCUGGAGGCGCCGUGGCCUGCGGGCACCGCGCCUAUCCACGGGAUUUAUGCUGAUCAGCUCGGCGCUGGAGCUGUGCCACAACGUGCACGUGUACGGAUUCUGGCCGUUUGGAACUGACCUGCACCAGCGGCCGGUGAAUUAUCAUUACUACGAUAAAAUACAGGCAAGCCGUGUAAUGCAUGCCAUGCCCGAGGAAUUCCUGCGCUUACUGCAGCUCCACAGCCAGGGAGCGCUGACACUGCACCUGCAGCCCUGCACCUGAACACCAGGGGGCAGCGCUGUGGAGGACAGUUUUUCUGAAUGAACUCCAAGUGCUGUCGCCUCACAGCAAGUAGGGCCAGGGUUCGAGUCCCCGGCCAGGUGACCGGGGUCCUCUCUGUGUGGAGUCUGCAUGUUCUCCCAGUGUCUGCGUGGUGUCCAGUUGGACAUGGUAAACUGCCCCUAGGUGUGAGUGAAUGUGUCUGUCCAUCUGCCCUGCAAUGUCCAACUGGCCUGACUGCAUGUCUUUGGACACGGGGAGAACAUGCAGACUCCACACAGAGAGGACCCCGGUCGCCUGGCCGGGGAGGUUACUGUAAAAAACGAUGUUCUAAUAAAAACUCAAUGAAGUAAUCAAU